UGUUAUUAAUAAAGAAUUAAUAAUAAUAAUAAUAAUUUUAGUUUUGUUAACACGAUAUUUUAAUAACUCCAAUCUGAUUUAUAUUGACAACGAAAUCUAACAUAUUAUCAAAUUGUUGCAUGACAUGUGUUACAGUAAAUUGAAAAUAAGUAACGUGUUGUUAAGAUUCAUACAGAUGGCAAAGAAUGUGUGGCAGACUGUAUACGAAUCAAUAUCCGAUUUGUGAAACGACCUAGAUAACAAGAGAGUAAUUUUUCAUGGCUGUGUAGAGAAAAUAUGGUUUUAUCAUUUUUAAAUUUUACUGACAAUUUUUAGAAUUAAUAGGAUGAAAAUUGGAUAGUUUCUAUCUCCAAAGUAAUUUUAAGAAAUAAAAAUUACUUUGUACUAAAUAACAUAGCUUAAUUAAAGAUUAAGCAAAUUUUCAUAAAUAGUUGAAGAUGUAUUUCUGACAUAUAAAACUUACUUUUUAUGCUAUUUUUCAACAAUUUUGACGAAGUUAUAACGAUACUCGACAGAUACCGAAUCAUUCAUCAUCCGAGUUAAUUAUUUCGGAUUGACGCAAUCUACAAAUAAUUUGCAAUUCCAACGUGUUGUGUUACUGUGCGUUUAUUUGUAGAGUACUUUUAUUUGAUACGAAAUCGGUUGUUGGUUGUUUAAUGAAUGGGAUAUUCUUGCGCGAAUGGAUAAUCGAUUAUGAAACCUCGUUAAUUACAGACAUUUAUAUUAUUGCGCUGUAGUUGCAAGUUGAUAAAUAAUGAUUAAGCGAUUUUUAUUUUACUUUAAUCCAUUUUCUUGAUUUAAUUUUAAAAAAUUUAAUUUUUUUUCUAUGUAGAAAUUAUCCAUGCAAAAUUAAAAUUUUGUGUGAAAAUUUACUUUUCACGAAGCAUUAAGGAUUUAAUGUUAAUUUAUACUAUAUAAAUUUGCGCAUUGUUGUCCAUAUUGCAACAAAUUUGUUUAUUUUUCUUUUAAAUUCAUGAUGAAUUUAAAUUUACUUCAGCAUAUAAAUCCGAUUUUAUUUCCAACCAGUGUUGUCUUUCAACGCAGUCUUUAUAAUUCCGUGGCAAAAAGCUUGUAUAGAGAUUAAAGAUUUAUUUCUAGAUAAAAGAAGGAUAAUCUUAAGUCUAAAAAAACAAGAUAAAGAUCCAUAUGAGAAUUAAAAUAUCUAAAAAAAUAGAUGUAAAAUAACCGUUUUUUUAAGUAUUUAUUUUGCAUAUUUUUACAUUUAUUAUUAGUUUUUCUUUAUCUAUAUAAAAGUAAAUCUUUAAUCUUUAUAAAAAAGUUUUUUUUGUCACAGAGUUAUGAAAACUGCGACAUCUGGUUGAAAAUAAAAUCGGGUUUUGUAUACAAAAGUAAAUUCAAUUUUACCGCGAAUUAAAAGAAAAAUAAACAAAUUUAUUGCAAUAUGAACAACAAUGUGUGAAUUUGUGUAGUAUAUACAUUAAAUCUUUAGCGCUCCGAACGAAUGCGAGAUAACAUUUUUUUGUGAAAAAUAAAUUUUUAGACGGAAGAUUUGAACCAUUUAAAUUACUUUCAGACAUUUACGGGAUCUAUUUUGAGAUAUUUGAAAACAUUAUCGUUUCUCUCUAAUUCGCGAAAGUAACAAACAUCGUUAUCGCUACCGCUUGUUUAUACAUGCACCAUGACGGAUGGGGAUCAAGUCGAUUGGUGUGAUUAAUACUCGUGAGACGGAUUAAUUGUCAGGGUCCACUAUGACGCGUCUAUUCGAGAGAAACUCCUCGAUUUCACGAGAGAGAGAGAGAGAGAUGAACGAAUUAUGCAAGAUUUAUGAAGCCGCGACGACAAUCUAAAUCUUCGAUAAUCGAGUGAAAUCAUUUGUUAAAUAAAUAAUUAUCCGACAUUGUACAAGAAACGGAGUGUAAUUCUGUCGCAGUUUGAUUUAUUAAAUCAUUAACACACUCGCCAGAUCGAAGGCGUUAUUUUAACGUGACGACAUUAAAUUUCUGUAUACGUCACCCCACGAAGCAAUACCUAAAUAAAGUGGCGUUCGUCAUCACUAUAUUUAUUCAUUUUUGACCUUUGUCGUUUAUCCAGAAAAAAAAAGCACGCGACUGCUGCGAAGCAUUCGUUACGUACAUAAAUGUGUGAACUUCUCAUCUAGCUGGUCAGUCCGGUUUCUUACGCGCGUUCCGCUUUAUUUCACCCUAGCUAAAACUUUUUUUUUUCCGCUCCGCCACAUGUGCGCGAUAUACACGUUACGUGAUGUAUAUGGCUGCUUAUAUAUCUGUAUGACAAGAGGACAGACAAAUACGUGUGGGAGGUGAGACAACAGGGAGAUGAUGGAUCCCGCUUCGUGUCCCGCGUCAAUUUUUACGCGAUUACGAAGACAUCCUGUCAAACGAUUGAAACAGUCGGUUCUUCCCAAGAGAAAUAUCAGGAUAUUGUUUAAUCUGUAAAGAAUCUUCUGAAGAGAGAGAUUGAAAGGAUUUAAAGAAGACAAAUAUAUAUACACUUAAUUCUGGCGAAUCAAACUUGAUCUGAAUUUUAAUUUGCCAAAAUAUUUUAAACUGAUGCCUCAAAAAAAUAAGGAGAAUAAUUUAGUCGCAAUUUUUGCGAAACUCUCAGCUUGAUCCAAAAAAGUUUCGUUCGCAUUACAAGUGUGCGCUAAAAAGGUCUGAAACGUCAGAGUUACAACUCUCCAACGAAUCGAUAUUGACGUACCUUGUGUGAUAAAAAAUUCUUACAAAAUUGUAUCAUGUAUUAAACUACACAAUAUAUUAAAUUGUAAUUAAACUUUUAAUGGGAUUUUAAUGAGCUGAUAUUAACGAUUUUGCUAAACAGCUGAUAAUCGCAAUAAAUAUCUAACUACAUCCCACAUAUCUCGCUUUUUACGAAUUAGAUUCACCCUCGCCCGCGCUCUCGCGGGGGCGGCGGACGCGGACGUUCGCGCGGCCCGCAGAAGAACCACCCUCUUCCGCGCGGAGGAGCGACGAAGAGGAGGGGAGAGUGAACUCGAAGACUCGCCGACGAAGAGGGAGAGAGAUGGAGCGUGUGGGCCGGAGGGAGGAGAGGGUAACGAUGGAGGGAUUCGGCCGAAGGUGGAAGUUGCUAUGCUGUCCGUGGUGGAGAGGGCGAGGGUGACAGCGAGGGCGAGAGAGGUAGAGACAGGGUGGCGCGGUGGUGCGUCGCGCUGGUGGAAAGCGGGAAAGCCUCUCCGAAGCGACCACCCACAGUUCACUGCGGCCUCGCGAGCCGAGUGAGCCACAACUACGUUGGGCAUCCCGUGCCGUGUGCCGUUCAGUCGCUCGUUCGUACUACCCCUGGAGGUGCUACACACACUUUCUCCUUCCACCAUGUAAACAAAACGCUCGGGGUACGCGGGGAUUCUGCCACGGGCCGUUUUUCAUUUCUGGGAAACACGUCCGCGAUGUAAACACGUGGCGAAGGAUCCGGAGACAUUAGGAUCCGGAGGUGUACUCGAUUGCACACACGUACAAAAAUGAAAAAAUAAAAAAGAGAAAUGAGAAAGCAAAAGUGAACAAAUCUCCCCACCUUCCUGCCGAAAGAGAGUAAACCGGACGCCAGUGUGUUGAGUGCUGAACUGGAGGUAUUUGAAAUCCCGGAUGUGGCUUUCCGCCGGCAAGAUCGAUGAUGGUGGAAAGUCCCAAUUCCAAUAUACUGUUCCUGCGGACAUCAUAAUGUUAUUAUGAGUUGCCGAGUUCGCGGAAGAUAUCUUGCUCCGGGGGCUGCAAGACCAAAGUAACUUCGACCUUCUCCUCCCGGUACACCGAUAAUAAUCGUUCGAUCCUGAAGAUGCUUCUGUCCGAUAAAUUCAAGAUUGAUGGUUCAACUUUGAUUUUCAUAAAAAUUCCGCUCUGCUGAACUACGUCACGAUAAACGCCCGACUAAAGGGCGCUUCUCCCCCGUGUGUGGAUUUUAUUAAUCGAAUCAUCAAGUUCGACAGCCUCAGCAACAAUUCUCAGUAUACGGACGAUCGUGGCGCAGCAUUCAAAUGAAAUAUUCCAAGUUAUCCAAGCUGAAGGAGAUCACCGCUCCGUUCGACCGCGGCAGUUCGUUCCUCUCUCGUUUUAAUCGAAACGAACAAUUCACCAAUCAUUUCUUUCACGCCUUUCACGGCGUUCAUCGUAUCGAUGCUACGUGUGCAUUCGCCGCCCGUAAUCGGUGAUCAAUUGUUGCGACGAUCUCCAAUAUUGCGUGACCUUCGGCUAUACGGCCGCCUGUUAAACACUUUGAUGAAGUAAUACGUCAUCCUUUCGCCUACGGGGGUACUGGAUUGUAAUUACAUCCUUUCCGCCUGCAAGCCAAGACAGGUAACGGACGAGGGCAACGAGGGAUCCUGUUUGUUACCGCGGCGAAUCAAGUACACAACGGACAUUCGAGAAGAUCGACAGGCCCUAUCCGCAUCGUCCACGAUCUUGUCGGCCACGUGUUUCGUGUGAUCUUCGUGGUGGUGUGCGAGUGUUAUGACGAGCGGGGUGUAACGGGUGAGGUCCCGCGAUAACGAUGCUUUAAGUGUUUGCGCGGAGGAGGGUAGCUUGCCUUCUGAUAACACACAUUUAGCGAUCUUACCGCGGUCAUUCAUGUAUAAAUCAUGUGUUAACGUAUCAAAAUUCCCCGGGUUCUUGAAAGGGCAACCCCUUUGGCGGGGAUACUGAUGAAUUAUCGAAAAUUACCCGCUCGAUAACAUUUUCAACGGAAUUAAUCGGGAUUAAUAGUUUGGAUCAAACGCAUUAAUAUACAUGCUGUACGAUACUCGGGGUAUCUUGUAAUUAUGCAAACCAUCGGUUACGAUUGUACGCGCCACGUUGUCUACGCUUAAUCUACGAUAAUUGACGAUAUCAACUACGGUGAUAUUGGUAACGUUUCAGUUUUCAAAGCGAUAACGCAUGCCGUGCAGGUAUGAUUUCUCAUAGCGUUGACCAUAAUAAUAAUUAACACUUUCGCCGCCGCCGCCGCCGCCGCCGCAAUACUCUAGGAAAGGGUAAAUGAUUAGAUAAAAUUACUUCUCUUGACGUAAUCUGUCUUUGAAUUGGAAGAAAUUAUUUCAUGUUACUUAUUAUUAUAAAAAAAUUAUUAUUUGUCAAUGUAAAAAUUCCUUCCUCGUUAUGCUAUAUGUCGAUGUCUUUUUUUAAUGCUACUUGUUCUUAAAGCACACGGGAGUGAUUUGUAAUUGUAAAUUGAAAUUGAACAGAAUUUUUAGGUAUAAAAUCAAAAUGAUAAGAGAAAAUAAUUGAUUCCUUUAUCAAUAAAGUAUUGCGAUUUUAAUUUAAAUUACUGUUACAGAUACAAUGUUAUAGAUACAAUGUUAUAGUACAGAUAAUGUGCUAAAAUAAAAUUGUGAUGUUGUAGGUGUAUGAUACUUGGUGGUGAAAGUGUUAAUGCGGUUUCACAAUCUUGCUAACAAUUAUAAUCAGAAAAAUAUGACAAAAUUAGCAUACACUGCGUCAUUGAUGAUACAAGCUAACAACUCAAUUCACCGACUCAAUUCACCGAUUCGGCGGCGUGUUUGUCCUGAAACAAGACAAAUAACGCUCGUUCGACGUAACGUAAGCAGCUCAUAAUGAAAUCGUGUAUACCGCACAAUGUCUUGUUUCCCCACGAACCUUGCAUUAAAGGACAAAGAACUUUAUUUUCUUAACGAACAGCAGAAUGUGAUUAAAUAAUCCCGAAUAACUAGAGAAAUAUAAUCGAAGAAGCGAUGAUAACCGUUCGAGUAAUGCCGAGUGUAUAACUAAUGAAGAUGCCACCACCGGAAACCACUAGUACUCAAUGUGGAAAACAUUGCGAUGUUAUUUUCGUGCGUUGGAGGAAUUGUCAUGAAACUAAAAUAUUGCAAAUUGACUUUCCCGCGGCGAACGGGAUGCGUCGGGAGUGAACUCGAUAACGAGCGCAGCAGAGAAACACGGAGGUUAUCGUUGCACGAAGACAUUCCAAAAUCAGUGAGAAAUGUGUUGCAUGAUAAAUUCCCUUUGGACAUCAGUUCGAAAUUUGAAGAAAAGGGAAAGAAAGCGAUUAUGAUAUCACGUAGAACCUAUGUAAACGGACAAUCAUUAGCUCAAGAAGAUCCAAGUAUACGAAAUGUCUAGAAGCUCAAGUACUCAAGUACCAAUUUAUCCGAGUAGUUUAACGAAGCUUAUUUUCCGAGAUGCACCCUCGCCUAAUUACUUUAUUUUGGACCUUAUUGUCCACUUACUUAAGUGAGUCACGAAGCACUAUAAAUAGAUCAUCUUGGAUGCUGCAAACUAAUUACCUCGCGAUCUACUAGUAUCGCUCAGGCGAAACUGUAACUCGACCCUCGUAAAUGGAUCAAUUGUACGUCAGCCAUAUCAAGGGAGAAGUGGAAGAAGACGAGAAAGAAGUCAUUGGACGACGGUAGCCAGUCGAAAAAUUCGCGAAGAGGAAACUCUAGUUUCUCAAGAUGGGUUUUAACGAGACGUUAGAUCUGAACAGCUCCGCGAAUUUACCGAGCAAUUCCCUUCUCGACACCGGCCAGCGAAACAUCAGCAAAAACGAUAUCGAGUAUGUCCUCUGGCUAACUUUUAAAGCCUUCAUUAUGAUAUUCAUCAUCCUCUGCGCUCUGUUCGGUAAUCUAUUGGUCAUUGUUUCCGUUAUGAGGCACCGCAAACUGCGGGUGAUCACCAAUUAUUUCGUGGUAUCGCUGGCCCUGGCGGAUAUGCUGGUGGCGUUAUUCGCCAUGACAUUCAACGCUUCCGUGGAACUUUCUGGGCGUUGGUUAUUCGGGUAUUUCAUGUGCGACGUUUGGAACUCGCUGGACGUCUUCUUCAGCACCGUCAGCAUUCUUCACCUUUGCUGCAUCAGCGUCGACAGAUAUUACGCGAUCGUCCAACCGUUGGACUAUCCGUUAAUCAUGACGAACGUGAGAUUGGGAACCAUGUUGAGCGUUGUGUGGUGUUCUCCGACUAUUAUGAGCUUCCUACCGAUCUUCGCGGGGUGGUACACCACGAAGGAGCACCUGGAGUACAGGAAGAACUAUCCGGACGUGUGUGUGUUCCAAGUCAACAAGUUCUAUGCUGUCGUCAGUUCCAGUGUGAGCUUCUGGGUACCGGGGAUAAUCAUGAUCGCGAUGUACUACAAGAUUUAUCGCGAGGCCGAUCGCCAGGAGCGCAUGCUGUACCGAAGCAAAGUCGCGGCCGCUCUAUUAAAUAAACAUCUGCAAAUCAACGGGAUCUCGGCCGGCCUGACAUCUCUGCCGGCUGUAGAUCAAUCGUCACCUGAACCGCAGCCAGAAGAGCCACCGAUAACUAGCAGCAGUAAAAUGAAAAGAGAACGUAAGGCAGCAAGGACGCUCGGUAUCAUCAUGUCAGCGUUUUUGGCAUGCUGGCUGCCUUUCUUUCUUUGGUAUGUCAUCACGUCUCUGUGUAAUUCGUGCAAGAGCGGCGACGUGGUGGUAGCGACGGUGUUUUGGGUGGGCUAUUUCAACAGUGCCCUGAAUCCGCUGAUCUACGCGUACUUCAAUCGCGAGUUCCGCGCGGCCUUUCGCAAAACCCUUGAAAGCUGCUGCCGCGCGAUUGGACCGGUGCGUGACCUGCGCCAGGUGCAUCGCAAACAGGACCUCGUGCACAGUAACGCUUCAUCCGAGCUGCACGUCAACAAUCAGCUGCGCAAUAGCGAGAUGACUAACGUCCACAUUGAGGCGUGUAUUUAAACGGAUCAUGCGAUCCAGUGAAGUGAAAGUAACGGCGAAGUGCUCGGGGCAUCUUCUGAAUAGAUAAAAAUAGGUAAGAUCGGAGCAGAUAGGACGGAUAAAUUCCAAAAAACCGAUAAAAAAAUUUGUUACUUUCUAUUUCUAUACAAAAAAUGUUUAAUAAUUC